AUGUUGGAAGAAAUAAUCGUUUGUUUCUUGUCAUUGUUUUCUGCCUUAACUUUGGAUGCGCCACGACUUCAUUCUCGAGAAAUUAACGACCAUGAACGUCUAUCAGAGCAAUGUGCACGUUAUACACGGAAGGAUAACAUUCACGGAGAGUAUGUCUCGUUUGAGGAAGAGAAUUUACCAUCAGAAACAGAGAAUGUACAAAUAGGGUAUGAACUGCGAAACAAGCCUACUUAUAUCCAGUCGUUACUCAGAAGUUUGAAGACGAACCUUAUCAUAACCUUAACUGUACUGCCUUUAGUACUUAUAGGGAUGGCUCUUAUAUAUUUUGAUUUAAGAACAGUUGAUUUAUGUUCUGAUUGGAAGAAUAAAAACUACACCCUAUCAUUUGAAGCUAGGAGAAUAAGAUUAAUCGGCAAAGGAGUUGAGAGCAUGAUACUGUAUCUCUCGUUUCCCUUCACUUUGAUUGUUCUAUUUGGUUGGAGAGAAUUUAAGCGUCAUUAUUCCUCGACAGUCUUAGUAGGCCAACUGGCUGGUUUAUUUAACACAUUGUAUUUAAGUUUUUUACUCCUAUAUGGUGCUGACAAUACGGAUACAAUUAAAACGGACUACGUUCCAGCACUAACAUUUGCUGUCGCUCUUUUGUGGGGAUUUGCGAUUCCAAUGCGUAAAAUUCGACAAAAUCAUCCAACUGUAUCCUACUCGGGUCUCCAUAUUUUCACAGUGGUUGCAGUGCCUUAUAUGAGCACCUUUGCAAUGGCAAUGUUUUACAGAUACGCGGUUCUGAAAUGGUUUAAUUCCCUCGGUAAUGUAUUGUAUAGAUUCAUAUUGGCUAUGUUGACACCGACCUUAGCACUGGUGCCGACUGCUGUAUGUAGGCACAUGGCAUUAUGGCGUACUUCAGAGAUUAUCGAACCAGGACGUAGCUUUGUUCUGGUUUAUUUCAUACGGGCUUCCUUCAUUACUUUGUAUCGUAUCAUGCAAGCAAACUUUGGGAACAUCUGGUUGUUUGUCGGGCUAUCUCUUCUAUCUGGUGUUUCGAGUUUGCUUAAAACAGCGACUGCUGGUAUUCGUGCGAAAGUAUGGGCGCGAGUUAUCACGUUUCUGAACAGAACAUGCUGUACAAGACUUCACCAUUUGCCUGGAAAUACACCACAUCAUAGGCGGCUGAAAGCAGACACCGAGAUACAAAAUAUACUUUUUGAGAACAACUCACUGAUUCUAAGCCAAUCGUACAUCGUUUUAUAUACCAUUACAAAUUUUCAGCUCUCUGAUUGGUCUGUCGUGAAGUCAUCUUUAAUCAGGAUUGCUAUCGGAUUGGGGAUUGAAUUCGUGUUCAACUUUUUGUCUACUUUUGUUCGCAUGCAUUGGCAUGAUAUUCCAAUAGAGCGAGUGUGGUCAAAACACUGGAAACGACACGUGUUUGCUAACGGAAUCGUUGUUGCAACUUUAGUAUGCUAUUGUACCAGACCUUUACUCACAGUAUUUGAAAAUCGUUUUCAUGAUACCUCUGUUUCAGGGAAUGUUACCAUUAGAAAUUGUACUCUGCCUUAUGAAAGCUGGCGUUAA